CGCUUGGCAUUGUUGUCCAUAAACACUUGUACCAGCUCACUUCUCUCGUCAGCUCGCCGCAGUCACCGCGUUGAGCGAUUAACUUUCCUUCCGGUGCAAUCCUGAUGACGUCACAACCUGCAACCGAUAUGGAAACUAAGGGCGCGGCUAGUGCCGAUGAAAAAGUCAUUGAGAACGGAAAGGCCUCGAUCAUUGACUUGGAGAAGCAAGCGGAUGCCGACGCGGACGAAAAGGCUGACGUGGACAAUAUGGAUAAGGACGACGAGCUGGACCUAGUGGGUGAACCUGAGGAGGGGGACGCGGAUCUACCGAGAAAGGCGGAGGACGAUGCGGAUCUGGAGAUGGUAAACGUCGACACCGACGGUCCCGAUGCUCAGAUCCAAGGGUACGCCAUCCGUUACGAAAACGUUCGCCGAUCUUUCGCAGAUCUGCAGGCGAAAUCGGCGAUGCUCGCGAACAGCAUCGCCCAGUGGAAAGAGCUGGACGAUUUUUUCGCGGCGACCGAGGAGAGGCUCCGAAAGCGGGAGCAGGACGUGAGCGCGAGAGAGAAGGCUCUCGAGGAGAAGAUCCGGACCGUUACAAAGCAACUCGAUAAGCGAGAGAGUGCGAUUGCAUCUCGCGAAUCUGAGUCGAUGCAGCGAGUGCAGGAGCAGCGCGACGCAGCUUUCGCUGCGCUGGAAGAGGAGAGGAAGAAAUGGAUGGAGGAGAAGAGCCGGGAGAAGGAGAAGGGGUCGAGCGGGAAGGGUAAGGACGGGAGCGAGAGGGCGAGGAGGGAGAGCGAGCGGAAGGAAAGCAACGACAAGGCGAAGAAAGAGAAUGAGAGGAAGGAAGGGAGUGAGAAGGAGAAGAAAGAGGAGGAAAAGGAGAAGGAGAGGAAAGAGAAGGAGAAGGAAAAGGAGAAAGAGAAGGUUCAGGAAGAGAAGAAAAAGGAGGAGAAGGCGAAGGAUAAGGAGGGUAAGGAAAAAGAGGAGGAUAAGGGCAAAGACCAGGACAAGGCUUCGGCCUCGGGCCAUCCUGAGGCUCCUCUUAGCGAGCCUGGCAGUAGCAGAGCUGCUACAGCCGCCGCUACAGCCGAGCCCGCUACUGCUUCCCCCAAGGACGCCAAGGCUAAGUCCGCCAAGGCCCCGAAGCCCGCGGACGAGUCCGCGGAGGCGGUGCGGGUGAGCGCGGAGUUGCGCGCGCUGUGCGCGGGGAUGGACGCGGAGGGCCUCAAGCGCUACGUCAUGCAGAACCGCCGGGAGAUCAGCCGCGUGCGCGCGGAGCUCCCCCUGGCGCUUCCCCUCGCGCUCGACCCAUGCCGCCUCGUGCUCUCGUGCCUGGACUCGUACAAACCCGCGUCCGUCGAAAGCGGCGGGGUUGGCAGAGACAAGCGGCGCGAGCCCGUGGAGCCGACCCACGUGCGCGCGGUUUCCCUAUUGGUGGAAACGCUCGGACAGAUUCUGGCCAAGCAGGCCAAGGCGGAGGGGGUUGCCGUCCCCGUUAUUGCGCCCUCGAUACAGGAGCAGGCGCGCGGGAUCGUGGAGAGGUGGGUGCGGAGCGGGGGGCCGCUGGCGAAGGCGGAGGAGGCGUCGGGGCUGGACGCGUGGCUGGUGCUGCAGGUGGCGGCGGUGUUCCGCGUGGGGGCGCUGGUGGACCAAGACGCGCUGCUCGGGUUCGUCGCCGCGUCGUCGCGCCGCAAGCAGACGGCCGAGAUGGUCAAAGCCAUGGGACUCGCGGACAAGAUGCCAGCAGUGGUGCAGCGGCUGGUGAAGGCCGGGCGCGAGGUGGACGCCAUCUACUUGGCGCAUGCCGUUGACGUGAUGGACCAGGUGGACGCCGUGGAGCUGCUCAAGCGCAGCCUGAGAGAGGUCCGCACUGUGGUGACGGCCCUCACCAAGAAGGACAAGUCGCUGCAGGCCGAGAACGAGGCCACGUCGCGUGAGAUCAGCAUGGUGCGCGCGCUGAUCCGCUGUGUGGACGACUGCAACCUCAAGGCCGUCUUCUCCACGGACAACCUUCUCAAGCGCAUUGAGCAGCUCGAGAAGAACCGCCAGCUGCGCAAGCAGCAGGCGCAGGAUGCCAAGCGGCAGGCGCACGAGGCGCGCAUGCAGCAGGCGCUGGCCGCCAAGAAGCAGCGCAUGGGGUCCGCCUUUGGCACGCCUUUUUCCCCUGCUGCCACUUCUGCUGCUGCCACUGUUGCGGCUAACCUGCGUGCUGCUGCCGCUGCACGUGCUGCGGCGGGUGCGCGGGGUGGUGGUGGUGGUUUUGGUAGGGUUGGUGGCGGUGGUGGUGGCGGUGGUGGUGUUGGUGGUGGUGGUGCUGCUGGUGGUGGUGCGGGUGGCGUGUCUCCCCGCUCUUACGGCCGGUCACGGUCAGGAGGGGGGGGGGCACGAGGAGGAGCAGGAGCAGGAGGGGGAGGAGGCGGAGGAGGGGGGGGAGGAGGGAACAGGUAUAACCCCCCUUCUCCUCGGUACAGCGGCGGAGGCGGAGGGGGAGGGGGAGGGUAUGCAGGAGGGCAGGUGCAGGGGCAGGGGCAGGGGCAAGCAGCAUAUUCGCUUGGAGGAGCAGGUAUGGCUGGGGGAGGUGCCAUGUACGCUGCAGCCGGGGGGGGAUCAGGCAGCAUGGGGCAGCAGGAGGUGGUGUAUGGCGUGGGGGGCAUGGGCUCAGCCCUCCCAUCUCCAGGCGCAGGGGUAGGGCUUGGGGGAGGGAUGUAUGCUGGAGGGGGGAUUGCAGGCGUGGGAAGCAGUCUGGGGGGGGGGUUGGGGGGAACGGUGACGUAUGUGACGGAUGCGGGGGUGGGGCAGCAGGUGUUGGUGCAGAGGGGGAUGUAUGGGGGAGAUGUGGGCGCAGCGGGCACCACGGUGUACUAUGCGGUUCAGGGGGAGCAGGGGCAGGGUGGGGCAGGGGCAGCAGGUGGGGUGGGAGGAGCGCAGCUGAGCACAGGGCAAGGGGGGUAUGAUUACCAGACUGGCUCGUACGUCGGAGGGGGGUACCAGGGGGCUUACGGAAGGUAAACGGGAGGUGGGAUUGGUGGUUGGUGGUAAAGAUUAUUUGUUCAUGCAAGUGGGAAUGGGGAGUAGGGCUGACUUAAAAAAAAAGGGCACUCUGAUUUUACCCCCCAAAAAAAAUCCCAAGUCUGAGAGGGCCAUUUUUCGAAAAUUCCCUACUCUGAAAUCUGUGUCCCAAAGUCGACUAGUCUGAAAUACUCGGUUCGGACAGAACCUCACAUCAAAGUCCACAUGGGCCCAGGCCCCACGAUUUGUUCAAGGGUAUCUUGAUUGCUGAGUGUCAUGUUAAAAGGAAAGCUU